AUGACCUCAUCCCGUGGACUGAUGCCGCCCCCUUCUUCUAUCUCGGAGAGCCUCUCGGGAAUUCUGCAGCUGAUUGAAGACUUGCACCGGCUAUCGGAAGACAAGGAAUACGCUGACAUAGAGUUCGUCGUUGGCGAGAGAGAUCAAACGAUAGUUCUCGCGCACAGUCUGAUACUAAGAGCGCGAUGCGCCAAUUUCAAUGAACUCAAAUCAAGCUAUGAAGAUCGGAGCCGGAUCAGUCGAUCCCCGAUAACAUGCGUACUGGUCAUGCCGAAAGUCAAGGUAGACGAGUUUCAGUCCGUCAUCCAGUACAUCUACACUGGGAAAAUUCAUCUGCAUCCCGCAAUCGUUUUCGAGGUUCUGUCGUUAGCUCAUGAAUUCGGGAUAUCGGAAUUGAAGUUGACCUGCGAGGAUCACAUAAUGUCCGCGAUGACGAACGAAAACGCUUGCGUCUUUCUCAAAUCGGCACUGCAAGUUGGAGAUCGAUCUGAGAAAUUCAAGGACGAGAACGCGGUGUACAUCGACAAAUGCACAACUUUCAUUUGCGAAAAUGCUGCCGAAUGCCUGAAAACGCCUGCUUUCCUGCAGCUCCCCAAGAACGCGGUUAUACUCUUAGUGUCUUCAGAUUAUCUCUGCAUGAACGAGGACGACGUAUGGAGGGCAGUGUUAAAUUGGGCGAAGCAUCAGGCCAAGGUGUCCUCAGAAGCCGAGAAGUGGACCGAUCAGGAACGGAAGUCAGUAGGCGACUGUCUCGAAGGUGUCAUCAAUCACGUUCGAAUCCUGCUCAUUAAUUCUCAAGUCUAUGCCGAGGAAGUCGAACCGACUCGCCUCGUUUCGAUGGAGCUCAGUCUCGAGCGAUAUAGGAACGCGGCUUUGCAGAAAAAAAUUCAACCCGAAGCUCGAAUUCUCAAACCGAGAGCUUCGGAAAGGCUCUUCCCUGGAUCUCAUCUCUUAUCUGGGCCCAAGCUACCUUCGCAGCAACAACUCAAUAACUGGUUCGGGAAUCCAUAUCAGGUCUGGCGGCUCUUGCAUAGAGCAUCGAACCACGGCUACAAGGCGCAGGCUUUCCACGAAGACUGCGACGAUAUCGCUCCGCUCUUCGUAGUAGUCCUGGGUACUUCAGGCCAAUUAUGCGGCGGAUUCACCGAUGUGCCCUUCGCCAGAACCAACGGUCGCAGAUGCAAAUACUCAGCAAGCGAGAAGGCUUUCUUGUUCUCCUUGGUCAAUGCAGCUAAUCUCCCGCCGACUCGGUUCGACAUUCAGAGGAAAAUGUUCGCUAUCCUCUCUGAUGCGAAUUUCGGUCCGAUUUUCGGGGCGGGAGCCGAUCUCUCUAUUGCGGACGAAUGUAACAUCAGCAUGGAAAGCUACUCGAAUUUCCCCCACACCUUCGGAGGUGAAGGAGCGAGCUGUACCUUGCUAAUGGGGGAUUACAAUUUUACGGUCCUAGACUAUGAAGUUUUCACCUUAGCUCACCCGGCGCCUCGAUCGAAUCGUUUACAUCAGAGACUCCAUGCCAGGACCAGGGAACUUAUUAGCGGGGAUUCUCAGAACUCUGUGGACCGAAUUGUCUUCUCCAAGAGGUCCCUCCUCUACGGGGUCAAGCGAUAUGUCGUAUCAAUUAUGACUCAUGAGCUGAUUGGAUAUUCGUUGAAUCAAACGAAGUUGAGCGAAGCAUGCAUCCGGGACCUUGCCAACAUGACCGCCCGAGACGUCGUCCGGUACAAUUUUGAUUGA